GAAUUACGUGAAAAAUGUGAUAGAGAAGCUAAUGAGAAACAUUUUAUAACUAGUGAAUCAGAAAAGCCUCAAAAUAGAUUUUUAAACAGAUAUCGUGACGUAAAUCCUUAUGAUCACUCUCGGAUUGUAAUUCAUCGAGGAAGCGUCGACUACAUAAAUGCAAAUUUAGUAAAGUUUGAUCGUGCCGAAAGAAAAUAUAUUUUAACGCAAGGUCCUCUUGGCGAUACAGUGGGCCAUUUUUGGUUAAUGGUUUGGGAGCAAAAUACGAAAGCUAUACUAAUGUUAAAUAAAUUAAUGGAAAAGAAGCAAGUCAAAUGUCAUCUGUAUUGGCCGGAAAGAAAAGGUGCAGAACAUGCGCUCAAACUGAAUGAAGUAAAAUUGACAAUAGAACUCUUACGUUGUGAAGAAUAUAAAGAUUAUUGUCGUAGAUGGUUCAAGUUAACAGACGUAGAAUCGAAUCAGAGUCGAGAGAUUAUACAAUUUCAUUAUACAACUUGGCCUGACUUUGGCAUUCCUAGCUCACCAGUAGCAUUUUUACGUUUUCUUAAACAAGUGCGUGAUUCCGGUGCUUUAGAACCAGAUGUUGGUCCUGCAGUAGUACAUUGUAGUGCUGGUAUUGGCCGAUCAGGCACUUUCUGUUUAGUCGAUUGUUGCUUAGUAUUGAUCGAUAGAGGAGAAGAUGAUGUCUCAGUUAAAGAUGUUUUAUCUGAAUUGCGAACAUAUCGUAUGGGCUUAAUACAAACUAUGGAUCAAUUAUACUUUUCAUAUCAAGCAAUAAUCGAAGGCAUGAAGUUACUUAAAGAUCCCAGUUUUAUUGAUUAUAAAGAGGAACCAAUUAUACGGAAUGAUGAUCAACGAUGCGAACCUUUUAAUUUAGACGAAACUCCACCGCCUCUACCUCCACCACGCUCACUUUCCCUAUUACCAUUAGCUGGCACUGCUGGUGGAAUGUUAACAUUAAAUCUGUGUGGUACACAAACUAAACCCCUGCCUAAAAUACCAACAAGUGAGAGCUUUAAUGAUGAUCUUUAUGCUCCAGACAAUAAUCAGCACAAGAAUAAGGAUGCGCUCAAUAACUUUAUAAAUAAUGAAAAAACAAUUGAUAAUAUGUCAAAUCGACCACUCCCACCACUGCCGCCAUCACAGAAAAAUCAAAACUCACUAGAUUGUAUUAAUGAUUCAGAUAGUGAUGAAAACGAUUUAUAUGAAGAUGAUAGUGACGAUGAAGCAGCAGAUGAUGAAAACGCAAAUAAUGAGAGUAAUGGAUCUAAUACGAAAUUUGAUGAUUUACAAAACAAUACCACAGAAGACCUUAAUGAUGUAAGAAAAUUAAAUGGUAUUGAAGGCUUAACUAAUCGUACUACAAGUCCGGAUAAUGAACUGAAACGGCGAAAACGAGUCGAACGUCAAGCAAAUAUCGAACAAAGAGUAAACGAAAUUAAACGGAAGCAACGCGAAGCUGAAGAAAACCAACAGGCGGCGAAAAAACGAAGGCGUGUGAGGGGUAAAAAUGAAAAUGAUACCGAGUGAUGAUUUUAUUGAAGAGCGCGCGUUCCAAAACACUACAUUGCCGUUGACUAUAUAUAACUUUAAUGAAAAUUGGCACAAUUUAAUUUGUACUACUCCUGGUACUAUAGCAUACAGCACAAUAACUCCAUUCAGUCAUCAUAUCAGCAAUAAUACAAAAACAAAAAAUAAUGUUACAUAAAAAACUUAUCUUUUUUAUAAAAACUAAUUUA